AUGUCCUUAUCGGAUCAUGAUGCUCAACGUAGGGAUAGUAUGAUGACUCAAUUACAAGAACUCUUCGCCCCGCCAACUGCCGAGUCGUUGGGCAAGAAAGGAUUAGUUGGAAUACCCUCAGCUCGGAGAUCUAAAAAACACGAGGUGUCGCAUGUAAAUGAAAUAUCUGCGUCACCUGCAUCUGGGAUUUCACAUAAAGAUGACCCAAUUUGGCGCAAGCCACGGCCAAAUUGCCACGAUUAUUGCGAUAGCUGCAACUGCUCUGAGGGUGACCGACUUGUAUGUGAUCGCUGUCCCGCAAGUUUCCAUCUGGAAUGCCUCGAUCCCCCCUUGGAUUCGCGUGAAGCACCCACAGGACUUUGGUACUGUCAUCGCUGCACAAUGCUUUCUAAGGACGAGGAAGAAAGCAGCUCAUCAUCUAGUUGCCAAAGUAGUGGUGUGGCAUCGAGCAUGGGUACCUCCUCGGGUCGAGCGACCAUAAAGCAGACGGAGGACACGAAUGGUGCAGCGCAACGUCGUCCGGCCGCAGGAGUACCUCGCUCAUUUCUUACCGGACCCUCGUGUCGCUCAAAUGCUGCCGCCGCCGAAGUAGCCGGCUGGCUCACCACUGGUCGACGUACCGCUGCCCUCAAAUCCUCACCUCUCUCUCUUCUCUGGGAUGUUCUCAAAUAUGCCCGCUUCCUCAAUCCCAAAGAGUUUGAAUUACCCAAGGACUUAAUGCCUGGAAUCAAAAUACCAGGUUCGUACAAAACCUUGGCAGAGCGCAAAGCGAAUCCCAUAAUAGAAUUGGAAAAUGGGCAGAUUCCGAGACCUGUUCGGCGAUGUUAUAACUGUGCCAGAACAUGUUUCCACGCUCCUCUUCUUCCUUGUGAUUACUGCACUGCCUGCUUUCACUUGGAGUGUCUGGACCCCCCGUUGGCUCAAUUCCCACCGCGAUCCGAUCGGUGGAUGUGCCCAAUUCAUGCAGAACACACGGUCGACAAGUGUUUGGUUCGGUCAAUUCGUCUCUCAGAGCGCAUUCGUGCAUGGAAUCAGCUGGCAGUAUUCGAUCCCAACCUUUCACUUAAGGCAUCAGCAAGGAAAACUGAUGAUGUUUUUGACGGAGCCUCUCACACUAUCAACUACGGACCUGAAGACGAACGAGCCGUACUCUCCGCCUUCCUCCACAAUGUUCGACGUCGGCGUCUCGAGAUCUGCGCUGCUCAAGAAGUUAUCGGCACCCUCACCCCCAAAUUGUCUGCACUCCGCUCCCUCUCUCCCAUGCCAAUUGUGGUUCCAAGUUCCGUGAAAGCCCUGUAUGAGCGUCCUGUUCGGCGUCUGAUUAGGCUUGAGGAACUCUCACGAAGCGAAUCUCUGUUGGACAAUUCUCUACCUCUGCAUGAAACGGAAAAGCAGAAUUCCGAGGCUUCAGAAUAUGACAAAAAAUUGUUUAUACGGGGUUUGCUGGAAUUUUACCUUCGGGAGUCCACUGAGUCAUGCCAUAUGACCAGUCAGGAUGGGGAAGCUGGUUUUAAGCCCUCCAGUUGUUCGGCAGCAAUAUCUCCUACGCCACUCUCCAUCGGCUCCCAUUCACCGAUCAUUGAGGACCAAAGAAAGGAUGUAUCUCUUGCUGCUAAACUUAAGGACAUACUCUGUGAACUCGACAACAGCACUCCUAAAAGAUGUGGUGAGGUGCCUACGGAAUUGAUGGAUUGUGAGCGUCGUCCUCCUCCCUUCAUGGGUCGUCCUGUCAGCCCUGGGCGAUUUGAAGACUCCCUAGGUGUCACCCUGCCUCCCCUUCGCUUGCCUGGCCGUGCUGUUCUCAUCGCCUGUGCAGGCACCACUGGUCCCUCUGUACCUAUGCCCUAUCGUCAACUUGUCAUUGGCUCAGCACCGGAUUGUCACCUUUGUCUGGCAAACUACCAGUUCUCUAAUAAAGUGCAAUGCCCCAACGUCUCUCCACUUCAUGCCAUUGUAUUUUAUGAUGAGUGGAGUCGGCAUUUCGAGUUGCUCAACUACAGUGAAUUUGGAAGUCAUGUCGAUUCCAUUCCCUUCAAAAAUGACAUCGACGAAAAAGCCGCCUACCGAUGCGAGGCUUCAGGGCUUGUGAAACAUGUGCGCAAUAUAAUUGGGACGGGUAAAAGUGUUGACUCAAGCUCUCAAAACUCAUCAAGAAUGAUAGCGAGAAAUCGGCCUGACAACAAUCACCUCUGUGUUGGACAGGAAAAGGACGCUACCGGUGCUGGCUGGGAGGGCUCAGCAAUUCUUCGCCACGGUUCUUUGCUUCAAUUCGGAUGCUACUCUUUUGUCUUCAGCCUAAUUGACUGGCUCAAGCCGCCCUCGGAGAUCUACGAUGCUGAAAACGCUGACUACGGCAUUUCUGCAGUGGUUGAGAGUGGCGGUGGUGACGAAGACGCUGUCGAAAUGAAGAAAAAAGUUUAA